AUGACUCCAGGAGCUCGUCUCUUCCACCCCAGAAUCACCGCAUUCUAUCUCCUCCUCUUCGACGACCUCGACGACCUCAUUAUGAACUAUACCAACAACAACGGCACUUUCAUCCCCAAUGUUACUACUGUUGGGUUUCAUUGGAUCGGUCAGCGCUACUAUGGUACCUUCCUGCAUGUGCGUGAGACAACUGGCGGCCCUCGUCUCGUCGUCAGGUUCGUCGACCGCACCACAUUUGCCGUAGACGACGGCGUUGGCGUGCCGGUCACCGGGUACCCAAUCUCCGCGACGGCCCCGCCUGAGGGAAAUAACUGA